AUGCUUCCACACGGACGAGACGGCCAUUCCAACGCUCCCUCUUCGGGCCACCGUCCUGUCUCGGAUAAGGAGGAGAUCGCAAGAGCCGCUCUUCGUUCUCUUGCAGAGCCCACCGCUGGCGCAACGUCCGACGAGCCACUGCCUUCCAAUCCGGGCCCUUCUCGCAUCUCCGAGCGUCCGCUACCUCCUCCAUCGCGGCUUUCCUAUCCACCAGCUUCUGGUUCAGCGAGCCGCUCCUCCUUUCAAACGAUUCACCCCCACGAGGCUCGUCUCUCCUUCGCAGACCCCCAUGCUACUUGGAGCAGAAGUAUCGGCCGCGACGACCACCUUGCCACGGCCAGAGACGGCAGCGACUCGUCCUUCUUCCGGGAUCAGAGCCUCAACGCAUCACCAGAGUCGUCUCCAAGAUUGCGCGCAUCGUCCGCACGUCAUCCGGUUCCACAGCCGCAUCCGCAGGGCAGACGUAGCUUGCCUUCCGGCCCCAUUUCGGAUCAGGUGCAUGAAGCGGCUCUGCGUCGCGCCUCUUGGGCACUCCGCCUCGACUACGAGGAUGUGAGACACAUCGUGCACCGCACCGCUCGCCCUCACACCGGCAACGAAUCGGCCUAUGAGCGCCAAGUCCUCGACGCCUACCGUUUUGAGGCAGAACGAGCAUCGCAGCCAUCCGCUUCUUACCAAUCGCGCGCCACCGACACUUCCCACGCAAGCGUCGAUGUACAUCCCACCGAAAGGCAAGUCGCGUCUUCUGGCAUGGUCUGGUCCGCAACUGCCCGCAGAGCCGCCCCACCGGCGCCUUCAACCCCCUUUAGCCCGAACUCGGAUCGCAGUAGCCUCGUCGCCUGGGGCACCAGACCCACCACUAGACUUCCUACGUUUCAGCCUAGACUUGUCGAAUCAACUUUUCAACAGACACCGUACCACGGUCCAGCCAUUGCCACUUGCGCGACAUCAACAGCUGAUGUGUCGUCCCUGCACAGACCACCGUCGCCUUCACCUUUCGCAUAUGAUGCCUAUCGCAGGACGUCUCAUCCUGUCGCGUCCAGAUCCGAAUUGGCACCUCCACACUCCAUCGGCUCAUCCAGGGCAAGCAUCGGCUCAUUCGACCAAGUCGCUCAAAGGCAUCCGAUCGACCAGGACCUUGAUGCUAGUCGCCGUACUCGACAGCCCUAUCCAACGCAUGUGGGACCGCCGCGUUUGGCCCAUGAUGCUGCAUACGAGCACCACUUUGCGCCAAAAGAUACCUAUGCUGAACAUCCAGCCCAGCCCUAUCCGCAACGAUCUCGCCAACGCCGCGGAUCCAUGAUCGGCCAACCUGAAGCAGCCCCGGGCCCUCUCGACCAACACGACGAUCGCCUGCUGGACCAUAGCACCAGAACCACUUUCGUGCAGUCCUAUCAGACAUACCCCACCCAACCUUCUCGGCCGCUGAUUCAUCCUUCUGCCAUCCAAACAGCAACCGCACCCAUCGAAUCGCCUCAGCUCUCUCCCACUACGCCCGAACACCAUCGCUUUCAGCAUCUCUCGGCGCUCCGUUCGCCCGCUGCAGAGACUGCGGCAUCCGUUGCGUCGUCCUCUACCGCAUCCAUCGCAGCGUUUUCGCCUUCACCUCUCCUCGGCGCUGCCUCGGCGGUGCUGGCCGGUUCGCGCAGUGAAGCGCGUCCAGGUGAGCUCGAUGCGGACAGCGAUGCUGUGAACUCGGUCCGCGCCGCGUCAGAAGACACAGCAUCCGAGUCGACUCGUGCGCGGGUCGCCAGCAUGCAUCUUGACGACGGCAAGGCUCAAGACGCUCCAAAGCCGACGUUGAGCAAAUCGCAAUCUCUGCGGUCCUCCUUCUCUCAUGCCGAUCGUCGCUCUACCUCCUUUCUCGCCACCGAUCUUUCUCAUUCGCAGAUCAUGCAGAAGCUUCAAGACAAGGUCAAAAGUCGACUCGCUGCAAAAGGCAAAGCCGCUUUUGCCUCUGAAAGGUCGAGCGGCAACAGCCACAAGGGACGGAAGGCGCUCGCGUCCAGCACUCCGGCUGACGGCGACAGCGGCGUUGGCAGCACCAGUGGCAGCAAGAAGAUCGGUCUCGGUAGGGCUGGCUCUGCCAAGCGUUCGGCAUCAAAUAUUUCCAAGUCUGAUCCGAUCGGAAGCGUUGCAUCAAACGCUGCAAAGUCGCAAGACGUCGAUUCCAAUAGUCCGCCUCGGACCACGACUACGGCGGAGAAGUCGGCAUCCGAUAAAUCUGCAGCACCGCGUGCCGGCCUUCCUGCUGCCAAGGUGAGACGCACCUCGACUGCGAGUCAGCAAAAGCCGGAUCCAAAGCCACCCGCAAUUCCAACUGCAAAGAGCGACGGUCCGCCUCCCACCAUCGAGGCAGCCUUGUUGGCGGCACCUCCCAAGCCACCAUCGCCGCCACAGAGGGACAACGACACGCCCAACUCGAUCGAGGCAGCGCUCCUCUCGCCUACAGAUGGUCCCACGCCUACGGAGGCCGCCGCCCAGCAUGCUCAGCGUUUGUCCAGAUCGCCAUUGCCGCCUGAGAAUGCGGUCGAGUCGGCUUCGGGACAGGCCGUGCCUAGCACUCUACCUGCGGCCGGUCAGAUGAUGGCUGCAUCGGCGACCAAGCAGCAGACUUCCAAGGCGGGCGCCGAUUCGCUCAUCCAGGCGGCACAGAGCGACGAUCCGACCGAGAACACUUCGGCUAUCGCCUGA